AGAUGGCCGUUCUCUGUUUUUCAGUGUGAGCCCCGGCGGCGGCUGCGGCGACGGGAAUCCCGGUGUCGGGGGCAUCUGUGCUCUAGCUCCCCCUGCGACCGCAGGUCCCUCGGUGCCUAGGCGAGAGUCGCCUCUUCUUCCCACGGGAGAUGCGUCUGUCCGGGGCUCGGGGGCGCUCUGGGAGUUCAUGCUGCGCUGGAGGCUCCUGGCCGCCGCUCUAAUCGCCUGGUGCCACCGCAGCGCCAGCUCUGUCGCCCGCGGUGAGCCUCUGGGAUCCCCCCAGUGCCCCUGGCGGCGGCGAUGACCGGGGAGAAGAUCCGCUCCUUGCGGAGGGACCAUAAGCCCAGCAAAGAAGAGGGGGAUCUGCUGGAGCCCGGCGAUGAGGAAGCGGCGGCUGCUCUCGGCGGCACCUUUACCGGAGGCAGGGUUGGCACCGGCGGCAGCGGCAAGGGCGGCAAAGCCUGUCAUAAGAUCUUCAGCAACCAUCACCACCGGCUGCAGCUGAAGGCAGCUCCGGCCUCCUCCAACCCCCCCGGCGCUCCGGCCCUGCCGCUGCACAAUUCCGUGACUACCACCUCCCAGUCCCCGGCUCUUCUAGCCGGCACCAACCCGGUUGCUGCCGUCGCAGAUGGAGGUAGUUGCCCUGCACACUACCCGGUGCACGAGUGCGUCUUCAAGGGGGAUGUGAGGAGGCUGUCCUCUCUCAUCCGCACACACAAUAUCGGGCAGAAAGAUAAUCACGGAAACACUCCUUUACAUCUUGCUGUGAUGUUAGGAAAUAAAGAAUGUGCCCAUUUACUUUUGGCUCAUAAUGCCCCAGUAAAGGUGAAGAAUGCUCAGGGAUGGAGCCCUCUGGCGGAAGCCAUCAGCUAUGGAGACAGACAGAUGAUUACAGCUCUUUUAAGGAAGCUCAAGCAGCAAUCCAGGGAAAGUGUUGAAGAAAAACGACCUCGAUUAUUAAAAGCUCUAAAAGAGCUAGGUGACUUUUAUCUAGAACUUCACUGGGAUUUUCAAAGCUGGGUGCCUUUACUUUCCCGAAUUCUGCCUUCUGAUGCAUGUAAAAUAUACAAACAAGGUAUCAAUAUCAGGCUUGACACAACUCUCAUCGACUUUACUGACAUGAAGUGCCAACGAGGGGAUUUAAGCUUCAUUUUCAAUGGGGAUGCAGCACCCUCUGAAUCUUUUGUAGUAUUAGACAAUGAACAAAAAGUUUAUCAGCGGAUACACCAUGAGGAGUCAGAGAUGGAAACAGAAGAAGAAGUUGACAUUUUAAUGAGCAGCGAUAUUUAUUCUGCAACUUUAUCAACCAAAUCAAUUUCUUUCACACGUGCCCAAACUGGAUGGCUUUUCCGGGAAGAUAAAACAGAAAGAGUAGGAAACUUUUUGGCAGACUUUUAUCUGGUGAAUGGACUUGUUUUAGAAUCAAGGAAAAGAAGGGAACACCUCAGUGAAGAGGAUAUUCUUCGAAAUAAGGCCAUCGUGGAGAGUUUGAGUAAAGGUGGAAACAUAAUGGAACAGAAUUUUGAGCCAGUCCGAAGACAGUCCCUUACCCCUCCUCCUCAGAACACUAUUACAUGGGAAGAAUAUAUAUCUGCUGAAAAUGGAAAAGCUCCUCAUCUGGGCAGAGAACUGGUGUGCAAAGAAAGUAAGAAAACUUUUAAAGCCACCAUAGCCAUGAGCCAGGAAUUUCCCUUAGGGAUUGAAUUAUUAUUGAAUGUCCUAGAAGUAAUAGCUCCCUUCAAGCACUUUAACAAGCUUAGAGAAUUUGUUCAAAUGAAGCUUCCUCCAGGCUUUCCUGUUAAACUAGAUAUACCUGUGUUUCCCACGAUAACAGCCACUGUGACUUUUCAGGAGUUUCGAUAUGAUGAAUUUGAUGGUGUCAUUUUUACUAUACCUGAUGACUACAAGGAAGACCCAAGCCGUUUUCCUGACCUUUAACUGACAUGGAAAAUGAUGUCAUCUAAUCAAGAAAAAUGAUUGCAGAGACCCAGAAGUGAAUCCAAACAGAAGGGACAAAUGGUUUCAUUUAAAAAAAAAAAGGGAAUUACUUAUUGAAUUGACACAUCAGUAAUAUAAUAUAAAGAAAUGGGCCUCUAAUAAGAAUUUCAGCAAUUUUUCUGAUGUGCCAUUUUCAGUCUUUUUAAAAGUAUACUUAAGUGUAAUAGUUUGACAUCUUAAUGACCCUAAGACCUUCGUAUGUAAAGCAGCUCUGAGUGCUGUGAUUUGUUUUUAAAAAUUUUUACACUUCUUGUUGAAAUAUAUAUGCAUAUAAAUAUAUCUAUAUCUAUAUCUAUAUCUAUAUCUAAAACACUCCUGGACCAUUAUUGUAAAUUAAAUGUCUUAAGAGAUAUAAGCCCUUUUAAACUUGUCAUCUUAUAUCAAGGUGAUAUUUAUAAAUAUUCCUUCAAGCUUUGUUUUCAUACAAUGUAAACUCUGUAACAUUAUGUAUAGUUCAGUAAUUUGAAUGUUUGUUCAAUAUAAUGAACUAGAAGGAAUGCAGUCUUCUGUAGAUGAAUGAAUCAAAUGGUAAUCAUUAAACAAUUGCAUUUAUAUGUUGCAAUACAUUUCAGAGGGGGUGUUCACUCUGCAGGGAAUAAGGUACCUCCUUUAGCACCUUAGUGCAGUUCAUUGUGGUGCUAUUUGUUUUUACCUGAAUUCUUUCUUCAAUAGAAAGUGUUUGUUACUAAUCUUCCUUUCAUAGAACUUUUUUUUUUUCCUAACUUGAGUUUUACAGUUCUUAUGUUCAUGAUAAGGUAUGGUUAGCAUGCUUAAAGAUCUUCUUCUAAACCUCAGCACUUUAAAGAAAUUCCAAAUUUUUAAACUUGCUUCCUAAUGAGUACACAGAAGUCUGAUUAUUUUGUUUAUUUUUAGUGGUAUAUAGCUGCAUUGGUGUCAGUUUUAAAAAACAAUUCACAUAUUUUAGACAACCCUACAUAUUUUAUGCUUUCAAAAUAAGGGAAAAACAUUUUAUAUGCCAACAAUAUAUUUGUUACAUGCUUACGCCCAGAAGCAUAUACAAGAUUGACAGUUCCUAUUUAUUUUUUUUAAAGUCACAAGAAAAUACUGAUUUUAUUUCCAAAGUGUUAAAAUUAUGCAUUACUCAUUUUUACACCUAAAACUUUUCAUAUUUAUUACAAGAUGGUUUGAAAGUCCAAGAAAGAAAAUAAAUUAGGAAGAAUAAUGUAUAACAGUCAUAAGCUAUCAUGUUGUAUAUCAAAGAACUUAGAUAAAUGUUUUUUAAAUUUGUCCUGAUGAGUGUGUCAAGAAGCAUCUGUCAAGUUUUUUAGACCAAUCAGUAGUUUAAACUUUCCAGAAUUUUAGAUAAUUUGAAAUGAGUGUAAAUACCUUUAUUGAAGAGAUGAUUUAUUUAAAAAUCCAAAGCCUCAAUCAUAUGAAAAAUUUUAUAAUACAUCUUUAAAGCUCAUCUUCCAUACUGAUAACACACUGCACAUGUUGCCAUUUUAUUUAAGUACAUUUUAUAAUGACAAAAAAUAAUCACAGGUUAAAAAUUCAAAGACCUAAUCACUACCUUACGUGGAUCUGUUGAAUUUUGAGGAAAGAAUUGGAAAACUGAGAGUUAGAUUUGUUGAAUAGAAGUUGUCCCUCGUACUUAGGGAAUCGUUGUAGAUCAGUUGACUUAGGGAUUGAAUUAUCCUGUCAUGAUUAUACAGGGUUUGAGACGCCUUUGAAGGACCAUGACCACUGUUGUUUUUACACUCCCUUAUUUUCUAGGAUUACGGUACACUUUCAGGAAUAUAUUGCAAAGUUUUUCAUAAGUGCAAACAUAGGGAUAAAACAUGGUAAAUUGCAGCUUGGGAUAUAUCAAUUUCUUAGCAGCUGUGAAUAUUUUGCUGGGGUACACUGGAGAUAGAAGACUACUGAAAAUUUUUGCACUUGAAUUUUGCUUUUAGGACUUUUUUUUUUAAAUAGUGGAAUCAGAUUAUCCAUUUCAAAAUGUCUUUUCUCUGAUCACAAACAACAAACUAAUGUCAGUAUCUCUCAUGAUGGAAAAAAGGAGCUAAUUAAUGCAAAUAAACUUCACAAUAUUAGAUUUUCAAGAUGUGCCUUUUAAUCUAGUUAAUGAAUGAAGCUAUUUGUUCCUUAAAAAGAUCACAACACUUGUAUUUCUAUAAUCUCACAUAAAAAUCAAGAUUUUUUUAAAUGUAGCUAUAUAAAUUCUGUGUUUGCCACUUGUGAAUUUAGAACCUUUAAAGUGUGGGGGAGCAUAAAAAUAGUCAUCUUUAAAUGGCCAUUUAGAAAUUCAUAUUAUGGCCAAGAAUCCAAAGAAUCUUGAAGAAAUUUUCUAAUGAAACAACUUGCCCUCUGAAGACAUGGUUAUACAGAGAAUUGUCAAACUUCACAAAAGGGAAGUGUAUAGCAGAUACCCUGAUUUUGAGUUAAAGUACUUUGAUAGUUUGAAAAUUGACACGCCUGUCAGUGGAUAGUAGAUAGAAGCUGAAUUAACUAAUUUCUUUCUGGUCAGUAUUGGUAUUAAGCCUCAUACUAAUAAAAAUGGGUUUUCUGGCCAUCUAUAAUUACAGCUACUUGGGAAACUGAGGCAGGAGGAUUGAAAGUUGAAGGCCAGCUUGGCAACUUGGCAAGACCCUCCUACAAAAUAAAAGUUUAAAAAUGGAUAAGGAUGUUAGCUCAGUGGUAGAUCACUUGCCUAGCAUGUGUGAGACUCUGGCUUAAUCUCUAGUAGGCUUCCCCUUCCCCCAAAAAAGGGGGUUGCAUAGUGUUUUCUGUUUUCUGCAUACACUUUAUGAUUCACACCUUGGGGAGGGUGGUGGAUAUUGCUUAGUGAGCCUUUUCCCUAGUUUUCACUAAAGUCUACAGAUGAAUAUUUUGUUUCAGGUUGCAAGCCAUGAAAGAGAUGGAGUAAAUACUAUUAUUAAAUAAUUAAGGGGUGCGCCCUUUUGUUCAUUCAUGAUACUCUGACUUAACAAACAACAUACUAGAGAAAAAGUUGGAGGAACUUCAGGUGACUUCAAGGUCCUCCUAGCAGGCUAGCUUUAUGAGCAAAAGAAUUACUGUUCUUAGAUUAAUAUAGGAUACAUGUCAUUAUCAUGUAUUUUAGAUCAUGCCACUAUCGUUACAGCCCAUUUUAGAGUAAGUACUUCUAGCUACAUUACUACCUAUGGUGUGUAGAAUUACAAUUUGACUUUUGCCAUACACCCAAAGUA